UCUCUCUCUCUCUCUCUCUCUCUCUCUCUCUCUCUCUCUCGACUCUUUCUUUCCUCACUCUCAAAAACGCACAACGAAGAUAGAUACUUGCCUCAAUCAAUGCCUUGUCCGCCGUUAGAAUUUUGGAAGCUCUGAGUGCUCCUAAUUAAUUCUUGGGUCUUCUUUUUUAAUACAAAUUCUGGUCCGACCAAAAUGGGAUUUCCCUCCGUAAUUUUCAUUGCCGGCGCAAUUCUGAUGUCGGCGGCUGUGGUCCUCUGUAGUUUUCCAGCGACCCUCAGCCUCGAGAGAGCUUUUCCUUCGAACCACCUAGAGGACCUGAGUCAACUCAGAGCUCGGGACAGAGUCCGGCAUGGGAGGAAGCUUCAGUCCUCUAAUGGCAUCGUUGAUUUCCCUGUUGAGGGAACUUACAACCCCUUCCGCGUUGGGCUUUAUUAUACAAAGCUGCAAUUGGGAUCUCCUCCAAGAGAUUAUUAUGUGCAGAUUGACACCGGAAGUGAUGUUUUGUGGGUCAAUUGCGGUUCCUGCAAUGGUUGCCCUGAGACAAGUGGGCUCCCGAUUCAGCUCAAUUUGUUUGAUCCUGGAAGCUCAUCAACGUCACAAUUCAUUUCUUGCUCGGAUCGAAGGUGCAGUCUUGGAGUUCAAUCCUCAGAUUCUGAUUGUUCCACGCAGAAUAACCAGUGUUCUUACACAUUCCAGUAUGGAGAUGGCAGUGGGACAUCAGGCUAUUACGUAUCAGACUUGUUGCACCUUGAGACGAUUCUUGAGGGUUCUCUGACCCAAAAUUAUUCAGCUAAUGUUGUCUUUGGGUGUAGCACCUUGCAGACUGGGGACUUGACAAAGUCAGAUAGAGCAGUUGAUGGGAUCUUCGGGUUUGGCCAACAGGGUAUGUCUGUCAUCUCUCAGUUGUCUUCGCAAGGAGUAGCACCAAGUGUCUUCUCCCACUGCUUGAGGGGAGACGAUAGUGGUGGAGGUAUAUUGGUUAUCGGCGAGAUUGUGGAACCAAAUAUUGUCUAUAGCCCGCUUGUCCCUUCACAGCCUCAUUAUAAUUUGAAUCUGCAGAGCAUUUCUGUCAACGGGCAGAUAUUGCCCAUUGAUACAGCAGUGUUCGCAACAUCAAGCAACCGAGGAACUAUAGUUGAUUCUGGUACAACUUUGGCAUACCUUGCAGCCGAAGCCUAUGACCCUUUUGUCAGUGCUAUAACUGCUUCAGUUUCACAAUCAGUGCGCCCUGUUGUUUCCAGCGCAAAUCAAUGUUAUUUGAUCACCUCCAGUGUCAGUGAUAUAUUUCCUCAAGUUAGUUUUAACUUUGCUGGCGGUGCAUCCUUGAUUCUGAGACCGCAGGACUACCUUAUACAGCAGACUUCUGUUAGUGGUGCUGCAAGGUGGUGCAUUGGCCUCCAGAAGAUUCGAGGUUCAGGGAUAACGAUUUUAGGAGACCUCGUGCUGAAAGACAAAAUUGUGGUCUAUGAUUUGGGAGGUCAACAAAUUGGAUGGACUAACUAUGACUGUUCAACAACAGUUAAUGUUUCUGCAACAAGUAGAAGCGGACAAAGUGAAUAUGUCAAUGCAGGACAGCUAAGUGACAGCCGUUCCUUGCAUAAUGAUCGCUACGAGCUGAUUCCAGCAUGCAUGUUGGCUUUCCUUUCACUUAUCAUAACUAUACAAGGAAACUCGUUUUUAUAGCAUACGCUUCUAAAGAUCUGGGGCGAUCAUUUCAUUCUUUCUUCCACUGUAUCUCUUAUCUUGCUGGUUUACAUUUGUAGGAACCAGUAAGACCGUGUGCAUUAGAAUAGGUUUGUGUUUCUUCUAAGAUUGUUUUCAUCAAACAUGUAGAAUUACACGUCGCCCUGUCGAUAGGUUGUAAAAUACAUUUACAUGUAAUUGGUUCGACGGGAUAGUAGUUUAUACGAAACUUCCUUCGUGUCA